AGUCCAUGGAUCACUUCUCCGACUUCCGGCCAUCUCCCCGGCAAGAGAUGCAGAUCCAAGGCCGGCGUCCAGCUCCUCUCAGUGUUAGAAAGGAGUCCCAUAGGAUCAAGAAGUCCCCCGUGGCCCCGCAUCCGGUCAUCGUCUACUCCGUCUCCCCCAAAAUCAUCCACGCCGAGCCGAGCGAGUUCAUGAUGCUGGUCCAGAGACUCACCGGGCCGGACUCCGCCUGCCCUCACCCUCCAGUCCCUCCUCCCCUGCCGUCGCCCGCCGGCGCGCUCUCCCCCGCCGCCCGCAUAGCCUCGUUCGAGAGGCCGCCGCCCCGCGCGAGGACCAGCACCGCCGAUCUUGAGAUGGUCGGAGGCCCGGAGCUGGAUACGCAGAGUCUAUUCCCCGGGAUCCUGACGCCGAUGCCGACGGCGCUUCCGCCGAUCUCGCCCGACCUCUUCUCGCCCUCGUUCGAUCUCGACUUCCUGCUCGAAUUGAGUCCGAAUUUCGCGAGGGACAGCCUCUUGGCGAGCCCUAGCUACAAUUUUCCAUCGACUACUACUGUUCCAUCCCCUGGUGCCUUUUGGGAUCUCACGAACCAAUUCCCAGACUAAAAUAAAUAAAUAAAUAAAUAGAAUUGAAUCCUUUCCCCCAAACGGAUCGCUUCAACGGAAGAAGAUGGAAACGGAACGAUCAGUAAUCCAAGGAGGAAGCUAUUGCCGCAGCAGAUCGGAACCAUUCAUGGAGGAACUACAUCUCUUCCAGGUGACAGCAUACGUUCGAGAAUAGGAAGUGAAGUCUGUGCAUGCCCAUUGGUUAAUUUAUGGUUUUCUUUCUGGAUAGCAAGAUUAUAAGGAUUUUGUUUCGUCUUCUGCUGAAUCGAACAUUUGUGACAAUAAAAAACAAAUUAUCUUCAUAGCAAGUCAGCAUCUGUUGCCCGGCUUCCAACGCAAUAAACGCUUGCACUUUAGCAGAUCGUAUGGGCCAAAUGAAUAGUCGUGUACGGAAUUGAUGUAACAAGAUGCAGCCCUUUUGAUGUAAAUAAAUACUCCCCGGU